AUGGGCCAGGACAAUGGCAGUGCAAAAGGGGACCCGCCUAGACAGACCGCCACCGGCGGAGCAGAGCGUUCGCUGCCUGCCGGUUCCGCCUCGACGGCCCCAUCGGUAGCCUCUGUCCCACUUUCUGGUGUCGUGGGCUUUCAGGUGGUUCGACUGCUGCCGUACAGCCCUGCUCACAAGGCCGGCCUCGUUCCUUUCUUUGACAUUAUCACUGCUCUCGACCACGUUCUUCUCGACUCAGAGGGAGAGCAGGGGAUGCAGUUCUUCAAGAGUUACGUGGUGAACCACCGUGGCCAGUCCGUCUGCUUCACCACAUACAACUUGUACUGCCGCGGCUACCGCGACGUUUACUGCGUCCCGUCAGACGAAUGGAGCGGUGGUGGCCUGCUCGGGUGCAGCAUCGAGUGGACUCGCGCGGACGCUUGCCCAGAGCGCUGUGUGCAUGUUGUUGACGUGCUGGAGUGCAGCCCAGCCGCGUACUCCAGAGAACUCAAGGCGAAUCGCGACUACAUUCUCGGCAUGCAGAUUGCCCAGGAGCCACUCAUUACACUUAUAAAGAAUCAGAAGGACCUCUACAGUCGACUGGAGGCAUGGCAUGAGGAGCAGCGCUGGGCGCUGGAGCGGAAGCAGCGCUUCCCGGAUGAGACGGUAGAGGUGCCGCAUGUGCUGCUAUUCCUGGUGUACAAUAGCGAGAACAACACUGUCAAGGAGGUGGGGGUGGAGAUGGGCACAGUCCCAGAGACAGCACUGGGCAUUAGCGUUGCCACGGGCCUGUUGCACAUAAUCCCUUCAAUCGACACCUCCGCCAGUCUCGCCAACGGGGCCUCGUUGCCGGUCAUGAGCAAAUUCAUGUCUGUCGGUCCGAGCGUUGCGAUGCUGGCAAGCGCGCAACAUCAGCAGCAUCAGACUCUGCAAGAGUCUCCUACCACUGUACUUGUGGGAGCGGCAUCUCACCCGCCGGAGCAGCUUCUGGGGCCAAAGGACUGUUUACCACAACCACCACAUUGGCCUUUAUCGGAGGAGACGCAUAUGCGCUGUGACGUCACUGACUCGCCGGCCGCGCCCACGACGCACCCGCGCGAGUCACCAGUGGAGUCGUAUCAGCAACCGUACUCCCAAUGGCCGCAGCCACAGCACCAAUCGGCGGAGACGACCCUCUACCCGAUGCCACCGCCGGCUUCCUGCAGCAUAAUUCCGCCGCCGCAUGAUGGUGAUGCAGGGGAAACCACAGCUGCUGUACAAACAGGGCAGGAGACGUUUAACCCUUUUGCGAAUGAGGAGUCUCCGGACUAUGACGUCCUGGAGGGUGCACCACUGGCACGCGGGACAUCGGUGGUGGCCGACUGCCAGCUGGGACAACAUACACUCACGAAGGAACAAUUCCCCUCAUCGUCGCGCCUGCCACCGCCGUUAUCACCUUCCCCACCUUCAGCGAGUCUCCCUGCCGAAGUGAACGGCUCGCACAACCACGACGCUGCUCCGGCCUCGUAUUUUCCUCCACCCCCACCUCCACCACCGCAACCGCUACCCAUGACGGCCAUGCCCACGUUCUCCAGUCAAAGAAUGCCCCCUCCCCUGUACUUCCCGGUGUUUCCUGGUGCAGCGGCAGCGAAGCGCACGCCGGAGUAG